AUGCCCUCCGGCUCCUCUGAGCUCUCGGAGGUGCGGGCAGACAGUGCCCCCAGGGACCCAAGCAAGAGCGAGGCUGGGUGCCCCGGGCAGGAGCCAGACCGGGUGCCAGCGCUGGGCGGCCGCGCCGGGGAUGCGGCUUCCUCUGGGCCUGGCACUGCCGGCCCAUUCAUCGUCCCCGGCCCGGCGCCCUCGCGCCGGGUCCGCGCGGCCAGCCAGGAAAACGGCGCCCCCCGGCCCCGCCGCCAGGGGGAGCAGAGAGUCGCCUGCCGCCCCUCCGGGAAGUUGCCACCGCGGCCCGCCGGGCGUCUGGCACUGGACGGGCCCACCCCGCCCCGUCGGCGCCGAUCGGUCCCGCAGAGCCGGGGCCGCAGCCCGAACCCGGACUCCAGCCCGGCAACGUCAUCCGGCCGCUUCCCGAAGCUUAACCCCUUCCUCCGCCAGCUGCGCGCCGCCCCGCCCCGCCGCCAACUUUCUUCGCCCAACUUCGCAGCGCGCGGGCCGGCCCGACGGCCAGGCGGAGACGGAGGGUGGGAGGGAGCGGCGGCCACGUCGCGCCGCGGGGCCGCGGCCGGUCCCGCCGACGGCGAGGACGUGGGGUCCACACCGCGGGCGCACUCGGUCGACGCCCCCCGGCAUGGGGUUCGGGUCCGGCACACGCCUCACCCCCACCCCGGGGCCCACCGGGACCACCCCCCGCCAGGGUCCGCGACCGCGGCGACGGCGGGCGGCACCGCCGCCGGGGGAGGGGCCGCCAAGGAGACGUGUCACUCCCGGCGCGGCCCGGCCCGGCCCGGCCCGGCCCCGGCGCCCCGACGGCCCGCCCGCGCGCCGCCGCUGCAGGGCCCGGCCAAGUUUCUUACCUGCAGCCGGAGACGCGGGAGGGAGAGCGAGAGGGCAGGAGCCGCAGCCGCCGCCGCCGCGGAACCGGGAGACAGAGGAGCCGGCCAAGCCUCCGCCGAGAAGCCGCCCCCCAAGCAGCUGCAGGCGCCUCGAUCCCGACGCUGCCCGCCCCGUCCGCCGUCCGCUCUGGCCGCUAGCUGGCUGCGUGCGCGCGUGUGGAGUCGUGGCACUUUCUGCCUCGGAGCUGGCGAACGGCCCCCUCCGCAGGGAUCACCGCCUCCUGCCUUCCCCACCCGGGCCAGCCAUUCAUCGAGCCGCCUUUCCCCAUUGGCUCGCACCCCGCCACUCCGCUGGCCGCUGGCCAGUCAGAGCGCCGGCGGCCGAGCCGCGGCGGCGCCCAUUGGGCAGGAAGGCGGACCUCCGCCUCGGCCAAUGGGAGAGGGGAGGAGCUGCGGGGCGCCGCGGGGGCGGGGCCGGGGCGAGGGGCGGGGCCGCGCGGUGCGGCGCUCGGCCCCUACGCGGGGGCGGGGCGGGGCGGGGCGGGGCCGGGACGCUCGGCCACACGCAAGGGAGGGGGCGCCGGCCGGCCCCGCCCACUCCGGGCGCCGGCCCCGCGCGCGGGCGCCGACCAGGGCCAGGCUCUGGGCCGGCGGGGCCGCGGAGGUUCGAAUCCAGGAGGUGCUCCGCCCGCGCCCCUGGCCUGCUCUGGGCUGAUGUGGCGGUGGGUGUCGCCCUGAGCAGAUGGUUGCGCAACACGGGAACCGUAGGGAGAAAUGCUUCGUCUAAAAACCAGCUAACUUCCCCCCGCAGCAGCGCCCCCUCCGGGCGCUGGAUGAGAGGACAAGUCCUGCCGGCUGUCAGUCCCGAGAGGGCUCGUCCCUGUGUUCAUUGCAAUCGGCCCCAGAAAGAAUUUUCUCGAGGCGGUUACAUCGAGGCACGGUCCAGACCUCAGCUGGCAGCAGGGCCGCAAUUGCAGUUCUCUCUAUGACUGCAAGGAGAUUCAACCCGUCCAUCAUAAAGGAAAUCAGUCCUGAAUAUUCAUUGGAAAGACUGAUGCGGAAGCUGAAACUCCAAUCCUUUGGCCAUCUGAUGUGAAGAACUGACUCAUUA